CUGCGAUACCCAUCACUGCGCCUUCUCGUCCUCCCCUUUUUUUUUUUGGGUUUUUCCUCCCCCCUCUCUCCUCCCCCACUUCAGAUUUUUGUUUUACAGCGCGCUGAGAGCAGCCUCUCUGCCAUUUACUUGAUUUGCAGGUUUGUUGUAUCUGUUUGGGGGCUUUUUCCCUCCUCCUUUUUUGCUGUCCGGUUCAUUCCGCUCCCGAAUUUUUAUCUAGUUGCAGCAACUUGCUUUUUCUUUUUCUGUUUUUCUUUUUUUUUUCAUAUUGGUGGUGUUUUUUUCACUAGCGCCUCCCGUGCGUUUUCCGAUUGCGAGCCGCUCUCGCAGCCGAGUUUUUAAGAGCAUUUUGUCUGCAGAUCUCCCCUUUGUUUGCACAGAUCCCCUUUUUAUUUUUUGAAUUUUUUUUUCUUGUUGUCGUUCGUUGUUAAAGUCACUUUUUUUUUUUUUUUUUUUUGGUUGGGGGGGGCGCUGUAUUUAAACGCUUAAAAUGCACUGCUAUCUCCUGAGCGUGCUCCUCACCGUGGAUCUGGCCACCGUGGCUCUCAGCCUGUCUACCUGCAGCACCCUCGACAUGGAUCAGUUUAUGCGCAAGAGGAUCGAGGCAAUCCGGGGGCAGAUCUUGAGCAAGCUGAAGCUUACCAGCCCCCCGGACGAGUACCCCGAGCCCGAGGAGGUGCCCCCGGAGGUCAUCUCCAUUUACAACAGCACCAGGGACCUGCUGCAGGAAAAAGCCAACCACAGAGCCGCCACUUGCGAGAGGGAGAGGAGCGACGAGGAGUAUUAUGCCAAAGAAGUUUACAAAAUAGACAUGCAGCCUUUUUACCCCGAAAACGCCAUCCCGCCGAGCUAUUACAGCCUGUACUUCCGGAUUGUGCGGUUUGACGUGUCGGCCAUGGAGAAGAACGCCUCCAACCUGGUGAAGGCCGAGUUCCGCGUCUUCCGCCUGCAGAACACCAAGGCGCGCGUCUCGGAGCAGCGGAUAGAGCUGUACCAGGUUUUAAAAUCUAAAGAAUUAUCAUCACCAGGACAGCGCUAUAUUGACAGCAAAGUAGUUAAAACAAGAGCUGAAGGAGAAUGGUUGUCUUUUGAUGUCACUGAGGCUGUACAUGAAUGGCUCCAUCACAGAGACAGGAAUCUUGGAUUUAAGAUAAGCUUACAUUGUCCAUGCUGUACCUUCGUGCCUUCCAAUAAUUACAUCAUCCCAAAUAAAAGUGAGGAGCUUGAAGCAAGAUUUGCAGGUAUUGAUGACUACACAUAUUCCAGUGGUGAUGUGAAAGCUUUAAAGUCCAAUAGGAAAAAAUACAGUGGGAAGACCCCACAUCUUCUGCUAAUGUUGUUACCCUCCUACAGACUUGAGUCGCAACAGCCCAGUCGGCGGAAGAAGCGUGCUCUAGAUGCUGCCUAUUGUUUUAGGAAUGUGCAGGAUAAUUGCUGUCUGCGUCCACUUUAUAUUGACUUCAAGAGGGAUCUUGGCUGGAAAUGGAUUCAUGAACCUAAAGGAUACCAUGCUAAUUUCUGUGCAGGAGCCUGCCCAUAUUUAUGGAGCUCAGAUACUCAGCACAGCAGAGUACUCAGCUUGUAUAACACCAUAAAUCCAGAAGCUUCAGCCUCCCCGUGCUGUGUGUCCCAGGAUUUGGAACCCCUCACCAUCCUCUAUUACAUUGGAAAAACACCCAAAAUCGAACAGCUUUCCAACAUGAUUGUCAAGUCUUGCAAGUGCAGCUAAAGGAUGUCCCUGAAACAGCAUGACAUGUGUUUAUAAAAAAUAAAGAUAACCAAGGAAAAAAAGAAAGAGAGAGUGAGAAGGAAAGAAAGAAAAAUAAAAACCCGGAUUCAUCAGUGUUAAAAGGAAAAAAAAAAGAAGAAAAAA